GAGAGUAUGCUUGGUCAGUAUGUGUGUGACGCUGCCUCAGUGUGUGUGUGUGUGAGUGCAGUGCCAAACGUGUUGUGUGCUAUCGUGUAUUAACGUGAACAAUAACACAGCUAUUUUUAGCAAACCAGCUCUUUAACAAGUUGCCGAUAUAUUUCGGCAAUAAACCGGGCCCAUUAGAGCGCAUUAGAUUACAGCCAUUCAUCUGCGUUCUCGUAUCGAUCCGCGUGAAUCCGCCUUGAUCCCCUCGAGAAUCCAGAGUAAUCCACGAACGGGAGGAUGCGCGCUGGAUCCGCCACGCUCCUGUUAAUGGCCGUUCUUUUAAUGGCGGAGGAAUGUCAGUUUGGCCUGGGCAUCGAGGAUUACAUCAUGAAGGAACAGGAUAUCAGGAGGCAAAUCCUUAGGAACUACGACCGAACGACGUUACCCGCCAGGAGGACUACAGUACGCCUCAGGAGGGUCACCAUCAAGCAUUUUGAUAUCGAUCCAGCUUCUCACACGCUGGCUAUCGACGCCUGGCUUAUAUACGAGUGGAUCGACCCCAGACUUCAGUUUGCUCCGGUUGACAAUAUUCAAAAGCUUUCUAUGUCACCGCGAGAUAUAUGGAUGCCAGACAUUUCCCUGUACAACGAGGCAAAAAUGGGCAACGUGAACCCCUUCGACGAUACCCUUACCCUCGUGUACCCAGACGGCCGGGUUCUCCACGCCCCUCCAGCGAAACUCCACACGUCCUGCGUCGCCGAUCUCACCUACUGGCCUCACGACACCCACAACUGUUCGGUCGUCUUGGGUUCCUGGGUACACCACGGCUACACCAUCAAUUUCAGAUUAUUGGAAAAAGAGCCGAAGAUCGACAUAUCGCAGCGGCUGACAGCUGACGGACGCAACAUUAGCCGCGGAGAGUGGGACCUGGUGUCAGCAUCCCUCAUUCGUAAGGAAAAUAAUUACGAAUGUUGUCCUGAGCCAUAUGUCUCCAUCUGGCUGACACUCACACUACAGCAUUAUGCACCAGCUUUUUUCUGGACAGUCAAGUUACCAGCUGUAGGUCUAACCCUCCUGACGCUGGUGCUGUUCCUGCUCCCUCCUGCCGCAGGGGAGAAGAUCACCCUUGGAGGAUUUUGUCUCGUCCUCGACCUCAUCUUCAUCGCUUACACCUCCGAUACGGUCGCGCACUCGCCUUCGCAUACGCCCCUUAUCGUGGAGAUGGUAUCCCAACAGCUGAUCUUGGUUAUCGUGUGUGUGGUGACGUCAGUCCUGGUGCUCCGGAUGGCCCACGACCCCCACAGUGCCGGCGUGCCCUCGGUCAUGAGAAGACCCCUAGCCAAACUAGCACCGCUUCUGUGUCUCAACAAUUAUAAUAACUUGGUCUCCGGAUUCCGACGCACGCUUCCCCAUUCCCUCAAGUCCGAGGAGGUGGAACUCGGCGCGGGCGGCAUGGGCGGCGUUAACAUUGGUGGCGUGAGUGUGGGCGGUAGUUCGACGGCCCUCUACCCCCACGAGACGACGAUCAGGAAUGAGUGGGUGUUCCUCGCAGCUGUGCUAGAUCGCCUCUGUUUUAUUCUCUUUGCCUUCAUCUGUCUUGUCAAUUUCAUAAGGUUCCAUGCCGUGUUGUGAGGUCUCUGUGCUUGUGAGGCUUAAAGCUCUUAAAAGGUCCCUCUCUCUCUCUCUCUCUCUCUCUCUCUCUCUCUCUCUCUCUCUCUCUCUCUCUCUCUCUCUCUCUCUCUCUCUCUCUCUCUCUCUCUCUCUCUCUCUUAUGUAUGUGUGGCGUUUUGUUCCAAUUUAAUGUGGUGUUAUAUGGGGUUAAAAUGCGUGCGGCCUGGUAUGCGAUGGAAGCCUCAGUUGUGCAGGGAGGAAUCUCUGCAUCGGGAGGUAUGUGGAUAGAAUCUGCGUUGUGGACUAGGAAAUGGAUUUUUAUUUGACGUGGUUUAAGAUGUCGAUGAUUGCCAUGUUAGUGAC